AUGCUAUCAAAUGGAUAUAGAUGUAUCAAAAAAUGUACCAAAGCAUUAAAGCAAUCCUUAUUUGAUUGGAUCCUUCAUAAAUUUAACAAUAUAUUGACCAGAACAAUGAGUGACAUCCCAGCAGCAUCUACAUCAACAGCAUCAACAUCAUCAGCUUCAACGUCACAAACCAUGCCAUAUACUUUUGAUAACCAGUUUCCACUACGAGAUUUAGAUUGUACAACAACAGAUGAAUCAGAAAUGUCGUCUGAUGAAGAAAUGAUUAAUUACCAAUCGAGUGACUCAAAUGAUAAUAUGUGUAAUCCAAUAAUUGACGAUAACAUGGACGAUACUUCAUGGUCGUCAUCAUCUAAUACAUCAUAUGGAGAUAAAUCACCUGAAAUUACUGAUGAUGAAAUAAAAGAGAUGAUUAGAGAGAGCUGGGCUCUUGAUAAAUCAACUAAUAGUCAAGAAAUCCCAGAUAGUUUUACAUCACCAAUACUCAUAUUAGUUCAGAUGAAUGAAAUUGGAAUCGACCUGAUCAAUGUGGAAGAACAUGCAAAAAGACUUAAAGAACUUGAAAAAGAAAUAGAUUUUAUAGAAUCAACAGAAUGGAUGUAUCACCCAAUAGACUCAUCUAUUAGAUAA